AUGGACAUGAGGGUUGAGUGGAGAGUCACUUUCGAACCUCCGGAGGCAACCCGGCUUGCCCGGUCCCCUCUUCUCUCGGGUGGACCUCUGGGUUUCCCAGAGUCGCGGCCGGCGAACUGCCUUUUCGUCAUCUCCAUUGGCUCCGGUCCAGAGGCUGAGUUGCGGGUGGCCCACCAUCCGUCCCUCGUGGGCUUGGCUAAUGCCGUGUUGGGAACAUCAGACCUGGUGCUUCUUGACCUAAACCAGCUCGAUCCAGACGACCAAGACGCUCACUUUUGAGGAGGGG